GUAUAAUUGUGACAGCUGACAGUAUGACAGUUCGGCUCAUUCUGCUUUGUUAAUCAUUUUUUACGAUUAAUUUGGAUAUAUUUAUUAUAUUUUGUCAAUAUAUUUAUCUUGUUUAAACAAAGUUUUACAAUGUGAUUAAAAGAAACUCCAAUUAUAAUCAAUACAAAAACUUGAAUAAUGUUUCUCAUUGGUGGGCGAGGUUUUCACUUUUAAAUAUUUAUUCAUCGAAGGAAGAUAUAAAAUAUUCAAAAAUGACUUCUAUAUUUGAUCAAUACGAACAGGCUUCUUUGAGGUCAAUGCAAAAUAUUCCGCCUUCAAUAAAACCAGAAAUUAGUUCAACCGGUUUGAUACAAAUGAAACUUACAGAUGAUGGACCGAUUUUUACCAAACAGAAGGUUAAUUUUAUGCCCUCUGAUAGAAUUUUACACUUGAGCGUUAGCAACAAUUUUAUUGCUAUUGCUAUGGCUAAUAAUAUUCUUCUUCGAAUUGAUAUGAAACAUCCAGAUAAGCCAGAAGAGAUUAACAUUUCUAAAUAUAUUGGGAAUUUGAUAUUAUCUGGUUUGUAUCUUGAUCCUUUAGGUCAACAUUUGUUAAUUAGUACGAAAACGAAACAAGGAGAUAAUUCAUUGCCGGAAUUAUUUUAUUUACAUCGAAAAACGACAAAAUUGAAACAGGCUGCGAAAUGUCGAGGUCACGAGAUUACGGCUGUUGGUUGGAAUUUUGGCAAUUCCUCGGAAACUAAUUCGGGACCAAUUUUACUUGGAACUUCAAGGGGACUAAUUUUUGAGACAGAAAUUGGUUUGGAGGGAGAAAAAAUUUUUGCAACUAAUUUAGAACAAUACUGGCGACAACUUCCUAAUUAUCUACCUCUUUAUGGUACAAAAGAGGUAGAGGGAUUGGUUUUUGACAUUGGAAGAGACAGCAAGCCACCAAUUACUGGAUUAGAAUUUCAUAAAAUUCCUAAUACCGAUAAAUAUUUUAUUAUUGUAACUACUUUGAUUAGAAUUUAUCAAUAUAUUGGGUCCGUGUCGAAUCCUGACGAGAAACCAUUACUUCAUCAAGUAUUCAGUAAAUACUUGAAUAUAAAAGAACGUUUUAAUCAAUUGGAAAGUUCUCUAGCGUAUUCAAGAAUGCAAUUUUUCUAUCCCGCUCCGAGAGUUGUACCAAAAUCUUUUGGUUGGCUGACAGAAUCUGGAAUUUUGUAUGCACAGGUCGAUCCAUGGUCAGAUCCAGAGAACGUAUUGAUGAAUCAACAAUUAUUGCCUUGUCCGGAAGUAAGUCCAUUGAGUGGAAAUUCCUCACAAUUACCACCGAAAGCUCCAUUGUCCUUUGUUUUGACAGAAUUUCAUGCACUUCUUCUUUACGUUGAUCAUGUCAAAGGAAUCUCUAUUUUAAAUCAAGAACUUAUUUUCGAGGAUAUGUAUAAUGAUGCUUUUGGGAAAUUAAUUAACAUCACCAGAGAUCCAAUCACGGGUUCAAUUUGGGCUUAUAGUGAGCGGGCGGUUUUCAAGUACAAGGUGACGAAAGAAGAUCGAAAUGUUUGGCAGGUAUACGUUGAGAAAGGAGAAUUUGAGUUAGCCAAAAUCUAUUGCAAAGAUAAUCCAAUUCAUCGUGAUCAAGUUCUCGUAAAAAAAGCUGAAGUUCUUUUUAAAAAUAAAAAAUACGAGGAAAGUGCUUUAAUUUACGCUGAAACUUAUUCUUCUUUCGAAGAGAUAUCGUUGAAGUUUUUACAAGAGCGAGAAACUAAAGCACUAAAAUCGUUUUUGGAAGCUAAAUUGAAGAGUUUGAAGCCCCAGGACAAAACUCAAACAACAAUGAUUGUUGUUUGGGUGGUGGAGCUAUUUAUGAAUGAAAUGGGUGUUUUACGAAGUGAUCAAAAUUUCCAACGUCACAAAUCUCAAUACGAAGAAUUGCAAAAACAAUUUGAGAGUUUUUUAAAAAUUCCAAAAGUCGAGGAAUGCAUAAGAAAGAAUCGCAGUACAAUAUGUAGUUUAAUGGCGAGUCACGGUGAUAAAGAUAAUCUUAUAAAUCUAACAGUGAUGCAUCGUAAUUACGAGGAGGUAAUUCGACAACAUUUAUAUAAAAAUAAUUAUUUGGAGGCUUUGGAAGUAUUAAAAAAGCAAGGAAACAAGGAAUUAUUUUAUCAAUUUGCCGGUACUCUUCUUCAAGAAUUACCGAAACCAACGGUUCAAGCUUUAAUUUCCCAAGGAUCGAAUUUGCAGUCAUCAAAACUUCUUCCUGCAUUAGUUUCCUGUAAUAGUGACGAGAAACAUGCUCAACAAAUAAUUAUGUAUCUUGAGUCUUGUAUUUACAAUCAAAGUUGUGAAGAGCAAGCGAUACACAAUUUUCUUCUAUCUCUUUACGCUCGAUAUAAGAAGAGUGAAGUGAUGCGGUACAUAAGUUCUCAAGGUCAAGAUGUUAGCAUGGUUCAUUAUGACGUUCAUUAUGCUUUGCGAUUAUGUCAAGAAGCGGGUUUAACGGAAGCUUGCGUUCAAUUGUCAGCUUUAUUAGGUUUAUGGACCACUGCAGUCGAUUUGGCUCUCACAAUAAGCGUUGAUCUCGCUAAACAGAUUGCUGGCGUUCCUUUACACCAUGACGAUGUUGAAUUGAGAAAAAAAUUAUGGCUCAAAAUUGCUGAGCACGUGGUGAGAGAACGAGAUGAUAUUAAAGAAGCAAUGAAGUUUCUUCAACAAUGUGAUUUAGUUAGGAUAGAAGAUAUUUUACCUUUCUUUUCCGAUUUUGUAACCAUUGAUCAUUUUAAGGAAGCAAUCUGUAACUCUCUUCAGGAAUAUAAUCAGCAUAUCCAGGAUCUCAAAGAAGAAAUGGAAGAAGCUACAAAAUCGGCUGAGAUUAUUCGAAAGGAUAUUCAAGCAUUUAGAACUAGAUGUACUUUUGUUCAUGCAAAAGAUAUGUGCAAUACUUGUGAUGGUCAACUUUUGAUGAGACCAUUUUAUGUUUUUCCUUGUGGACAUAGAUUUCACAGCGAUUGUCUAGUCGCUGCAUUGACGCCAAUGUUGUCAAUUGAACAACAAACAAAAUUGGCCGAUCUUCAGAAACAAUUAAUUUUAAUGUCGGGCAAAUCGGAUGAGACUGUUUCCACAGAUGGAUCGGCAUCAUUGUCAACGAAAGAUCAAAUAAAAGCGGAUAUCGAUGAUUUAAUAGCCAGCGAAUGUUUAUAUUGUGGAGAUUUAAUGAUUGAGUCGAUUGAUAAGCCAUUUAUUGAGGAAGAAGAUUACGAACGAGUUAUGAAGGAAUGGGCGUAAAAUCAAUGCUUUCUUUAAAAUGAUGUUAGAAUUAGAAAGAUUAUUUCAUUGAAAAAAAUCAGAAUUUUACGAUUAAUAUAAAAAUAUUUCAUUGUAAAUAUGUUUCAGAAGAUUUCCACAUAUAAUUUAAGACGGAAAUAUUGUUUUCCUAGC